AUGGUAACCUUUUCCAAAACAAUCGAAGAUUUGGAGAAUCGAUUGACACGUCUCGUUAAUGAAGCUAUCAAGGACAAGUUUGGCAUCAAAGGCGGAGAUCACCGCAUUCGCUCUGCCGAUAUUGUCAUAGAUCCUUCAGCGGGUAUCCAAACAUACUACUUUCGGGAUGAGGCGGUAUACAACGAAGGUCCUUGGAAAGAUUUUGUUGACUAUAAGGUCAAUGGAAGGCUCACCAUGAAUACAACACCAGGGAAGCUCUUCCAGGCUGUCGACAAGGCAAUUAUUGAGGGGGACAUCAUUGUGAAGCUUGUAGACACCCCGGGUCAAUGCAUUGAUUGGGAUGAUCUGAGAGGGUGGCACUAUCACUCACCUGGAGAUCGUUUUGAUGAUGAAUUUGAUCACCUCCUUCCCUCGAGAAGCCACGAGGAGGAUCCUAGUGCAAGGUUUUGUGUUUGUAUCUACAGUAGUGGAGGAACCUCAUGA